CAAUAAUUCACUAAUUUGUGAAAAUAAUGUCCAAACAUUGAUUUGACCAUCCAAAAAUGUGUCCUUUCCUUCCCCCUACACUUCAUUUUCUUUCUUCUUCUGUUUUUCUUUUGCGCUUUUUUCCUUUUUAUUCUUCUCAUUGCCCAUUUACUCAUUUUCACCUUCCAAGUUCCAAACUUUUCUACCUUCUAAACUCUCUCUCUCAAAUGGGUUUUCCAUCUCUGCUCUGUUUUUCCGUUCUCAUCUUCCUCUACUCUGUUUCUACAGGACACUCUACGAACUCUGAAGGAAAUGCUUUACAUACUCUGAGGAUCAGACUUUCGGACCCUAACAAUGUUUUACAAAGCUGGGAUCCGACCCUCGUGAAUCCUUGUACCUGGUUUCAUGUCACUUGUGAUGCUGAUAGCCAUGUUAUUCGCUUGGACUUGGGAAAUUCCAACAUUUCUGGGACUUUAGGUCCGGAGCUAGGUGAACUGAAGCACCUUCAGUAUUUGGAACUUUACAGAAAUGAAAUCAGAGGGAAAAUCCCGGAGGAGUUGGGCAAAUUGGAUAAGCUCGUGAGUAUGGAUUUGUAUGGAAACAAACUCGAAGGGAAAAUUCCGAAAUCAUUCGCCAACUUGAAGUCACUUAGAUUUCUACGGAUAAAUAACAACAAGUUAACCGGGUCGAUUCCUAGGGAGCUCACGACUCUAUCCAACCUCAAGAUUUUUGAUGUCUCAAACAACGAUCUGUGUGGAACAAUACCAGUCGAUGGCCCGUUCGUUACUUUCCCAAUGGAGAGUUAUCUAAACAACAGACUCAAUGGGCCUGAGUUGAAAGGAUUGGUGCCCUAUGACUUUGGAUGCUAAGAUGUCUUCACAUACUUGCUAAUACCCAUAUAAACAUGCAUAAGUUAAAA